AACAAACUCACUUUAGUAUCUUAGUAUUACUGCGACCGCUAUCAUGUCGCUUCCAGUAUUAUAUCUUUUAGUUACGUGUUUGUUAAUAAGUUCGAACGAAGCGGCCAAGAUACUAGCUGUGUUCCCAGUGCCAUCUAUCAGUCAUCAAGUAGUGUUCCGACCUUUGACUCAAGAACUAGCUAAGAGAGGUCAUGAGGUCACUGUCAUCACACCAGAUCCUGUCUUCAAGAAAGGAGAAGUUCCUUCCAAUCUAACAGAAUUAGACGUCCAUGAUAUUUCUUAUAACAUUUGGAAUGAGAAUUUUAUUAAAGCUGCAUCUAAAGGGAAUAAGGAAGAUAUGUAUACACAAUUGGAAAUUAUUCUAGACACUCUCGUUGAAGUAUUUGAGGCACAACUAAAAACUGAUGAAGUGAAAACACUGAUUGAUGAUAAGAGUAAAAAGUUUGAUCUUUUGUUGGUAGAAGCUUGUGUCAGACCAGCGUUGGCAUUUUCUUAUAUCUACAAGAAUGUACCAGUGAUUCUUGUCAGUUCGUUAGGAGCCGCUCCGUUAAACUAUGAAUUGAUAGGAGCGGCUGACCAUCCAAUUCUGUACCCCUCAGUUUUAAGACAGAGACUACACAACUUAACUACUUGGGAGAAAUUUACAGAAUUAUACAGUCAUUAUCGAAUAAUGAAAAUCUAUCAAAAUAAUGCUGUAUUGAUUAACAAAGUCUUUAGAAACAGGUUUGGUCCUGAUAUACCAACUGUUGAUGAAUUAGGCAAUAAUGUUGAUCUGCUACUUCUGAAUGUGCAUCAAAUAUUUGAAGGAAUUAGACCCGUUCCUCCAUCAGUGGUUUAUAUGGGUGGCUUGCAUCAGAAACCUAUAAAGGAAUUGCCAAAAGAUCUGAAGACCUACUUAGACUCUUCAAAGAACGGCGUCAUUUACAUCAGCUUUGGUACAAACGUGGCUCCCUCAAUGCUGCCUCCAGAGAGAAUCCAAAUUCUUGUCAAAGUCUUCUCACAGUUACCCUACGAUGUUCUUUGGAAAUGGGACAAAGAUGAGCUUCCUGGGCGCAGUAAGAACAUCAGGAUCUCCAAGUGGUUACCACAGUCUGAUCUACUCAGACACCCAAAAGUAAAACUUUUCAUAACCCAAGGAGGUCUACAAUCAACAGAUGAAGCUAUAACAGCAGGAGUGCCUCUGAUUGGUGUUCCAAUGUUGGCAGACCAGUGGUUCAACGUGGAGAAAUAUGUGUACCUAAAGAUUGGACUGCAAUUAGAUCUGGAAACACUUACUGAAGAACAGUUUAGGAAUGCUAUUAAUACUAUUGUUGGGGAUGACAGUUACAAACGCAAUAUCGAAAAACUUCGAAGCGUGAUGGAAGAUCAGCCUAUGAAACCAUUGGAACGCGCGGUGUGGUGGACGGAGCACGUGCUGCGUCACGGCGGCGCGCGACAUCUGCGCUCUCCCGCCGCCAACAUGUCGUGGGCAGAAUAUUUAGAACUAGAAUUAGUGCUAAUCGUAUUAGCAGGUUUACUUGCUAUCCUUACAGCCAUUUUUGGUGCUAUUUACGCUUUAUGCAGAUGUUUUACCAAAGAAGUCAGUGUUAAACAUAAGAGCAAUUAAAAAUCAUUAUAUCAGCGUU